GCAUGGGUAUUAUAGUGAGAGACCACUCGACAAAUGAGAUACUGUUGCUAUUGAAAGGCGCCGACGCUGUCAUGACAUCGAUCGUUGUGUACAGCGAUUGGCUUCAGGAACAGUGCGAUACUAUGGCGAGGGAUGGUCUCCGGACUCUAGUGGUGGCUAAAAAGACGUUGACUGAACACCAGUACCUGGACUUUGAAAGCCGCUAUAAUCAGGCGAAGUGUGCGAUGACUGACCGGAACGCCAAGAUUAGCGCUGUUUUGGUUCAUCUCCAGAAGGAUAUGGAGCUCCUGUGUCUCACCGCGCACCUGGAGCUCAACAACUUCAGCAAAAAGGACGACUGUCCACUCAUUAUAAGAGGCGAGGACCUGGAGCUGGUCAUGAAGUUCUACUCGACUGAGUUCAUGGAGUUGGCGGGCCAGUGCCCGGCCGUCGUGUGCUGCCGGUGCUCACCCACACAGAAGGCCGAAGUGGUGAAACUGAUUCAGAACCGGACGGGGAGGCGGACGUGCGCUGUCGGUGACGGCGGGAACGACGUGUCGAUGAUACAGUCGGCCGACGUGGGCGUCGGUAUCGUGGGAAAGGAGGGCCAACAGGCCUCCCUGGCCGCCGACUUUUCCAUACUCCAGUUC